AUGGCAUAUCAGUCUGAGAUUCCUCAUGGCUCUAAAAACAGCUAUUUGUGCGAAUAUUGUGCAAAAACAUUUUCCACCAUCUCAUAUUUUAAGCGACAUCUGAGAUCUCAUACUCGCGAAAAAUCACAUUCCUGUGAACAUUGUUCAAAAGCAUAUUUCAGCUCUUAUGAUUUAAAUAAACAUCUCAGAAUCCAUACUGGCGAGAAACCGCAUUGCUGUGAAAUUUGCUCAAAGGCAUUUUCCGACGCUUCACAUUUAAUGAUACAUCUGAGAAUCCAUUUGGGAGAGAAACCGCAUUCGUGUGAGCAUUGCUCAAAAAAAUUCCACGACGCUUCAGAUUUGAAGAAACAUCUGAGAGUACAUACUGGAGAGAAACCAUUUGCCUGUGAAUAUUGCUUAAAGGCAUUUUCCGACUCUUCAGGUUUAAGUAAACAUCGAAGAAUCCACACUGGUGAGAAACCGUAUUCCUGUGAAUAUUGCUCAAGAGCAUUUUCCGACGCUUCACAUUUAAAUAAACAUCUGAGAACCCAUACGGGCGAGAAACCGCAUUCCUGUGAACAUUGUUCAAAGGCAUUUUCCUGCGCUUCACAUUUAAGGAGACAUCUGAGAUCUCAUACUGGAGAGAGACCGUAUUCCUGUAACAAUUGCUCAAAAACAUUUUCCGACGCUUCACAUUUAAAUAAACAUCUGAAAACCCAUACUGGCGAGAAACCGCAUUCCUGUGAACAUUGCUCGAAGGCAUUUCCCUACGCUUCAGAUUUAAAGAGACAUCUGAGAAUCCAUGCUGAUCAAAAGUCGUAGUCCUGUGAACAUUAAUUAAAAACAUUUUUCAACGCUUCAUAUUUAAAGAUACAUCUGAGUCUCCAUACUGGAGAGAAAACAUAUUACGGUGAACAUAAUUCCUAAACCGUAUUCCUGUAACAAUUGCUCAAAAGCAUUUUCCGACGCUUCAGAUUUAAAUAAACAUCUGAAAACCCAUACUGGCGAGAAACCGUAUUCCUGUGAACAUUGCUCGAAGGCAUUUCCUUACGCUUCAGAUUUAAAGAGACAUCUGAGAAUCCAUGCUGGUCAAAAGCCGUAGUCCUGUGAACGUAAAUUGAAAACAUUUUUCAACGCUUUAUAUUUAAAGAUACACCCAAGUUUCCAUACUGGAGAAAAAACAUAUUGCGGUGAACAUAAUUCCUAACAGCAAUUUUCCAGCGCUUCAUGUUUCGAGAUUCAUUUGAUGUACCAUACUGAAGCGAAAUUACAUUUCUGUGAAGUUUGUUUUAAGGAGUGUUCUCAUGUUCUCAACUUACAAACCUCAAAGUAAACUUGAGAACCGAUACCGGAAAAAAAAAAUAUUUUUCGAUGAAAUGUGUUUUAAGGAGUUUUCUUAGCUUGUGCACUUGGAAGUACUUUUGAGAACACAUACUGAUGAAAAGCCAUUUUUUUGUUUAGCUUUACCAAGGAAUAUUCUCUACUGGGAAACCUUAAAAAGUACUUAAGAAUCCGUUUUCUUAAGAGGCCACAUUCCUUGAAGCUGGACAUAAAAAAGUACUUUCCUGACAGGCCUUUAAAAGCACUCAUGAACCCCCACUGGGGAAAGCUUCAUAAUCACAUGUAAGAAAUGUUCGGAACACCCCCAAAAUUUCUGUUUAGAAUCCAUUCUGGCCAAAAUCAGAAAUCUUGCUUGAUCUGUAUAAGUAUUUUUUUCCGCUAUACUUGCUGUACUAACGAAACAUUUAAGAACCUAUUCUGGCAAUGACCAUUUUUUUUGUUAAUGUGGUUUGAAGCCAUUUUCUCAACGAGGAAACUUGAAGAUACAGUGAAACCUUUGCAAGUUGACCACUUCCGGUGCAAUACUUGAGUGGUCAACUUAGAGAUGGGGAUAUAAUACAUUGGUGGAAAAUCUACGCCAAUUGCGCCAAAUUUCAAUACCUAAUACAAAACGGCCAAAUUUGCGAUUUUUGCGCCAAACUGCGUCAGUUCUUCAAAAACAUUCAUAACAAGAAAAAAAAGUUACAUUCAUUUUUUGUCAUUGAAA